UUUUCUUCCAUAUUAUGUCUGUAUCUAUAUGCGUGUUCGUAUAUAUAAAUAUAUAGAUAUAUGAUAUGUAUGAUGUAGGACAAGACAAUUAACCAAGAAGUGGUAAGAUUAGGAUAAAAAUAAUGGUGAGGCAUUUUAGCCACCCCCAUCCUCUGUGUCCAUUUGAAGUGGAAGAAGAACAAGGCCUAACUUGCUCAGGCUGUGAGCUUAACCUUUCAGGUUCAGCUUACAAAUGCAAUACCAGAUCAUCCACAUGCGAUUUUUACCUCCACAAAUCUUGUUUCGAAUUGCAACGCAAAAUUCAACACGCUUCCCACCCUCAGCAUCCUCUUAUACUCCUCUCCUCCCCUCCUUCCCGUUGGGGUUUCUUCUUUUGCAAUGCCUGUGAUGGUUCUGGCUCUAGCUUCACCUACCACUGCAAAGCUUGCGAUUUCGACCUCCACGUCCAUUGUUCUUCGCUUCCCGACAAUGUCACUCGACAUGAUCAUCAACAUCCACUUGGGUUGGUUUUCUCCUUUCCUAAGGUGGAAGAUGAAGAAGAAGACAAGUAUUGUGGCGUUUGUAAAACCGGUUUUAAGGAGGAGUUCUGGGCUUACAGAUGUAAAGAGUGAUUAUGUUAUCCAUUUGGGAUGUGUGAAUGCCGAAGCUGAUGAUGAUUAUUAUGAUGAAGUUGCAGAGGAAGAAGAAGAAGAAGAUGAAGAAACCCAGCAAGUAGAAGAUGAUGAUCAUGAAGAAGCGGAGGAUGAAGAAACAGAGGAAGACUCUGAUUCGAUCAUUGCACGACACAUUGAAAGAAACACUGCCCUCCAGAUGGUUAUAAAUAACCAGAAUGCAAGAAUGAUGAGGAUGCAACAGCAAAUGAUGAUGAACAACACACGCCGUCUUUUCCAAUUUGGAUUAUAAAAUCGUCAUCUACACUUCCUUUUAUUUGAGUUGUUCGUGGGUUUUGGAUUAAUAAAUGUAUUUCUGUUGUUUGGUGGUUUGAUUUUUGACUUAAUUUGUUUUGUUUGGGGGGUGGUUAUUUAUAUGUAUGUUUUGCUUGUGCUUAAUUUUAGAUGUAUCCCUAAGUUCAAAUAAAG